AAGACAACCAACAUUCUACAGUGUCUCUCUCUCUCUCAAAGCUUCCUCCUUCCACCACAAGUAACUCAUAACUGUAAAACGUUUCAGUGACCAUAAAUAAUCAUCUCCCUUUAAACGUUUUAAGUGCCAUAAACAACCAUCUCCCAUUCUCCUCCUUCUCCACCGACCUUUCAACUUCAUUUUUCUUUUCUUCUUCUAUUUUUCUUUCUUGUUUUCUCUGACUGAUUUUUCUUCUCCUCGCUUGUUUCCAAUCUUUUAUUUACUCCCUGUUGACGAGAUUUUUAGUGGUGAAACUUGAAAGAAACUCCCUGAGAGGAGAAGUCACCGUUUCCUGCUUAUCAUAAUCGAUGGAGGGGUUUCCAUUUGAUGUGACCAAGAAAGUCACCAAUGCUUUUGAUGAUAUCAAACAUGAAGCUGAAUCUGUGAAAGACUUUGUUACAGGUGACAAGUCCAAGUCUGAGAGAGAAAAUAAUGAUGUGCUGAAUUCUGAAAGCGGUAACACUCCAGAGGAAGAGGCGGAAUCUAAAGCUGAGGAAGAGGCAGAGCCUAAAGCUGAGGAAGAGGCAGAGUCUAAAGCUGAGGAAGAGGCAGAAUCUAAAGCUGAGGAAGAGGCAGAAUCUAAAGCUGAGGAAGAGGCAGAAUCUAAAGACACGAGUGACGUCGUAGCUGAAUCAGCUGAGCCUAUUGAACCUGCGCCUGAAGAACUGUCUUCUACUGUAGAAGCAUCAGUUGAGAAAUCAAACGAUUCUGACGUCACUGCAUUGGAACAAGAAGAAAUUGAAGAGAAAAUCAUCCCAUCUUCAAAUGAGACUGAUGAGGUGGCCCCAAUAGCGGCAGAUGAGGUGUUGAAUGAAACAGACAAAAUAAUGUCACCAUCAACAACUCAGGAUGAGAUUAAUGGAGGAUCAUCUGAAGAUAAAAUAAAGCUGCCAUCUUUUGAUACUUUUUCUGCAAUUGCAAGAAACGUGGUAUCGGAAGUUCAAGAAGUCAAGGAGAGAGUGUUGCCAUCUGUGGAUGAAAAUGGUGGGGUUCCUCCAGUAACAGAGGUGGAGCCAAAAGGAGUUGAGGAAGCAAAGAUUGUACCUUUGGAUGAUAGCACAGGGGACUCCUCUGGAGUUGUUGAUAGAGAAUUCGUUAACGAUUCAUUGAUUCCAUCAGUGAAUGCCACUGAGAUUGGAAGCAAUGAUGGUGUCCCUGAGACCACAGAAAAUCCUUCUGUUACACCUCAGAACCAGCGCAGCCUGCAAGCUGCAUCUUGGAGAAAUUGCUUUGGCUGGUUUGAUACUCUCUGGCGCUCAAAUAGGCGACUCAAGAUAUGAGGCAUAGCUUCAGACUGCUACUAAGCUAUGAAGCUCACAAAGCAUAAUGGAUUGUUUGGUUUCUAAAAUUUUCCAUACCUUGUGUUUGUCCUUUGUUUGGUGUGUUUGUGUGGUUAAACAGUUCAAGUAUGAUCUCUUUGUAAUCUAAUUUGGGAUAUUGGAUUUCUAUUGUUUUGAUAGAGAUUAUAGUAUCACAUGUUCUUUUUUAUUAAA